UUUUGGCGCGCGACGUCCUGCGUACUAGUCACUGUAUAAGUGACUGUAGUCGUGCGCAUAGCAACAGUCAUUUAUUGUGUGUUUUUUUUUUUGACAGGGCGUGCAUAGAAUCAUCACUAUGCCAUCGUCGAACCUGUGGGCUGUUAAUAAUACUGGUAAUGCGUUUACACUGAGCACAGCUGGAAACUGCUGGCGCGAGCUGCCACACCCGGGUGUCGACCUUCAACGCGUCUCCGCUGUGCAAUCGGCUGCCUGGGGAAUCGGCAGUGACCAGCAUGUCUACACGUUUGUUCCAUACGGCGAUAAAAUUCGUGUCCCCGAGGUCACCUACGAGAACCAGCGCUGGGGUAUCAAAGAGGGAUACUGCACACCGUUCCUACCGACGGACAGGCCCCACUGGAGCAGCGAAGAUGGCUUAUCUGCUCGACCUAAAGAGAGCAUUACACUACGUUCCGGUAACUGGGAGUGGGAAGACUGCUGGCACAUAGACGGCAAGCUUGACGGGGUACCAUUAAAACCAGAGGGCUGGGCAUAUUGCUUGGGUUUUCCAUACACAUACACCCCUAGAAAGAAAUGGAACUCGUUUGUUCGUCGCCGGAAGUGGAUCAGGAACAGGCAUUACACCGCCUUUGACAAAUGGGCUAAGAUCGCCAACGGGGAUCUGCUUGUCGACGUUGCUGCAGGCGGCGAGAGAGUUCCUGGUAGUGAACCAGACAGUUAUGCUGUGUGGGUUGUAAACGAUCAAGGCAAAGCAGCAUUUCGUUCAGGAGUCAGUCGUCUGAAUCCGGAAGGCGACAGCUGGAUUGAUGCAGUUGGUCCGCAAAACAUGGACGUGAUCCAAAUAUCAGUUGGACUAACUGGGUUGACAUGGGCUGUCGCAGGAAACGGCAGUGCCCUCGUGCGGACUGGCGUGUCCAAAGACAACUACAUGGGCACGGGUUGGACUGAAGUACCAGCGCCCCAAGUUGACCAGAAGCUUGCACAAGUUGCUGUCGGGCCCAGUUCAGUGUGGGCCAUCAGCCGCUAUGGCACAGUAUGGUUUCGGUAUGGAAUAGAAGGAGAAGAUCUUGGUUGCCUGAAAUCGAUUACAGGAUCAGGUUGGAUUGAGGUAGCUACGAAGAUGGUUGCCAUCACCGUAGGACCUAACAACCAGGUGUGGGGUAUAAGGCGAUCUGACCAUCGCAUCUGUCUGCGAACCGGCGUAACUCGUGAAGAGCUAAGCGGACGAGGAUGGAAGGAGUUAACCGUGACAACCGGAAAGCCUCAGAGCACGACCAGCAGCUUGCAGGAGCAGCAAUCUGAUCCAGAUUCGGGUUUCUUUUUCGUCGUUGGAAGGUCACCACAGGGUGCUGAGGACGUUGGCGACGAUUCUGCUAAUGCGUACGGGACCUCUGAACUUCAAGGUAAUCUACGCUCCAGAAUCCGCGAUGACGGCAACAUCACUGGCAGCACUGGCAAGUUUGACCCUGCUGAUUGCGUGGGUUCGAUUAAUUGGACGUGGGUCAGUGGAAGUGCUUGCACAAUCGACUACCUUGCAGCUCCAAGUGCAUGGUUUACUUCAGGUGACCCUAGUAAUAAAAGAGCUCAAGAAAGGCCACCGGGCAGAAUCGCCGUCUUAUGCCGUUUAGCGCAACGGCGCAUCAGGGUAACGGAUGCCUUAAAGGAUGGCGACGCUGUGGAUAUGCAAUCAAUAUGGGUGAAAACAGCGAGACCGCUCAUCUGUACCAAUCCACUAGAGCAAGUCCAGUGCACGUUGGAACUGGAAAGUUCGAUCGUGGAAGGUGUGGAGUCUGUAGCGAUACGACUGGAGUACACCAAGGGUGAACGAGAAGAGAAGAUGUUCUUAGCAAGUCGCUCCUCACCAGCCUGUCGGCAUAAUUCCAGAGCACGUGUCCGGAUGUUCCUAAGGGACAUGCUAUCAGCCUUCGUGAACUUUUUCUUCAAAGUAUCUUUUCUUUUCUUUUUUUUCUUGAGGAACUCUUCGUGGGACACAACAACAAACCCUCCUUCUUUGUCUAUGACAAUUAACGUCGCCGAUGUCACGUGCGUCGCCAUCCUGUCCCCUCGUGACCAGCGCACUCUUGGAGUCUGGAUCAAGGAACUCAGUAAGGAGGCGUCAUUCCUGAGAUUUGUUUUCCUGUCGGAUGCGGAGCUGGAGGACUGGACGGCGACACUUAACCUAGCAGCGAACAACUUGCGCGGCGAUUCUGGUCCUGUCACGGAGAGAGCAAUUUGGGGCCUCACACACUGUGGCGAUGUUUACGUACAAUCUAUCCGCUUUGUGGGUAAGGCAGGACCUUCACUGAGCGGCAGGCUGUGGCGUCACUUAGGGGGUGGUCAUUUCCGUGUCGUCGAGUCAUGCCCACAUGGGAUCACGUGGGCCCUGGGACACGACAACAGGCCGUGGGUAUACACCGGGGGAUACGGGGGUGGUGUUUAUCAAGGAUUUCAGAAUCAGGGCAACAACGUUCACCCGAUGACGGACAGAAAGACCACUUAUGUCUACGAGAACCAGCGCUGGAGUAGAAUUUCUGGCUUUGCGGCAAAACAUCUUCCAAAGUCGAGGCCCGAAUGGAGUGAUGACACAGGACUUGUGGAGUGCACUAAAGACAGCGUGAAGCUCGAUUCAAUUCAUUGGCUGUGGACUACAGACUGGGCAGUUGACAACAACGUUCCCGGAGGUGCCGACGACGAUGGCUGGCAAUAUGCUUGCGCGUCAUUUUUAACUGGUUACGUGGGUUCAUAUCAUUCUGGUAUGAGGAGUAACGACACUUACAGACGACGGCGCUGGUUCAGGCUGAGCAAGUUGAAUACCUCUGGGCCAUGGCGCGAGGUCGAAGCGUCUCCGGGACCUAUUAGAGAUGUGACCCUGAAGUCCAUUUCACUUCAAAUGGACUACGGCAGCACUUCACAAGGUUCUGUAGCAUUGUGGGCCGUGACUACCGAUGGACGGGUCCUGUACCGUGGUGGAGUCACACGUCAGUGUCCUCAGGGCGAGCUGUGGCGCCACGUGCCUUUUGAGGUAGACUUCGAGUCCAUCAGCGUCGGGUCUGGUUCCCUUGUCUUGGCAAUAGACAGACACGGCAUUGGCUACGUCAGGCGCGGCAUUUCGGACGCAGAGCCAAUUGGUACUAUCUGGUCCGAAGUGCAACCGCCAACAGGAUCGAGACUAAGCCAGGUCUCAGCAGGACAUUCUGGGGUAUGUGCAGUAGACACUGUCCGUCGCCUCUGGUACCACGCUGAUGUGACGCAGACAGUUCCCGAAGGUGAUACCUGGCAUCUAGUCUCCGAAGGCGUGUCCCGUGUCUCUGUGGGACCGAACGAUCAGGUCUUGGCCAUCAUAGAUGUUGUGGAAUCUGGGACGGCACUGACCAAUGUUGUAGCUCGGCGGCUAGGAAUGACGAGAGCGUGCCCUUCCGGAACGGGGUGGGAAACUGGUUUUGCGGUUGAAUGGAGCUACAUAUCUGCGCGAGGGUGUUCCUACUAGGAGGGCAAGCGGCAGACUUGUGACGUUUCGCGCCUCAACGGUGAUGCCGUGACUCCUCCUGUGCCGCCACCUAUUACCAAAUGCCCCAUGCUCAAAGUACAUUUGUAAUGUUUACGUCCAGUUUUUCUCUAGUGCCGUGCAUAAAGCCCCCUUGGAGACAUUUGCUUCUUUCUGUGACGUACCGUGUGACCACAGAUGCCGCGAGUAUGGUGUAGUGUUGAUAAAUCGUGUAAAAGCCCCAGCCUUGUUCCUGAUGAGCAAGAAAUAAACUGCACCCUUGUACACACUGUC